AUGGACGGGAGCAACACCAUGGAGAAAUUUUAUUCUAUCUGGAAGCGUACAUUUGGGUGUGGAGAAGCGGAUGACUUUCACUGUACAGUCACCCAGGGAAGCCAGAAAUUCACAUCCUUCUCGAAAGCUCAAAUACUCACACAGCUAAGGCCCCUGACGGUGGUCGUGCAUGGCCCGGCGGGCGUGGGGAAAACCACGCUGGCCAAGAAGUGGAUGCUGGACUGGACCCAGGACACGCGCUCGGAGUCACUCAGUUCCACUCUCUAUCUCAGCUGCAAGGAACUCCGUCGCCAGGGGCCGUGCACUUUUGCAGAGCUGAUCUCUAAGCAGCGCCCAGAGGUGCAGCAAGCCGGGCCCGAGGUCCUAGCCCAAGAGCAGAAACUCCUGUUUGUCAUCGACGGCUUCGAUGAGCUGAGAGUCCCCUCGGGGUCACUCCUCCACGACAUCUGUGGCGACUGGGAGCAGCAGAAGCCGGCGCCCGUCCUGCUGGGCAGUUUGCUGAUGAGAAAGCUGUUGCCCAAGGCCACGUUGCUGGUCACCACGCGCCCGGGCGCCCUGAGACAGCUCCGCCUGUUGGUGGAUCAGCCCGUGUUCAUCGAGGUGGAGGGGCUGUUGGAGCAGGACAGGAGGGAGUAUUUCCUGCAGCACUUCGAGGAGGAAGACCAAGCCCUGCGCGCUUUCGAGGCGAUGCGGGGCAACCCGGCCUUGCUCCGCCUGGGCUCGGCCCCCGCCGUGUGCUGGGUCGUGUGCACGUGUCUGAAACUGCGGAUGGACGAGGGGGCGGACCCCGCGCUGACCUGCCGGACCGCCACCUCCCUGUUCCUGCGUUUCCUGUGCGGCCAGUUCCCGCCGGCGCCCGGGCGCAGCGCCCCGCAGCACCUCCCCGCGCCCCUGCGGGCCCUGUGUGUCCUGGCCGCCGAGGGCGUCUGGACGCAGACGUCCGCGUUCGACCGAGGAGACCUCGGGAGAGUCGGGGUCCAGGAGUCUGACCUGCGCCCUUUCCUGGACAAGAACCUCCUGCAGGUGGACACCGACUGUGAGGGCUGCUAUGUCUUCCUGCACCUCAGCGUCCAGCAGUUUCUGGCCGCCGUGUUCUACGCGCUGGACAGCGGGGAGCGGGCAGCCGGGGACGGCGGCAGGGGGGACACUGAGGACGUGCAGGCGCUGCUCUCCAAGGAGGAGAGGCUGAAGAACCCCGACCUGACGCCCGUGGGCCACUUCUUGUUCGGCCUCGCCAACGAGGAGCGAGCCCGGGAGCUGGAGGCCACGUUCGGCGUCCGCGUGUCCCUGGGGCUCAGGCAGGAACUCCUGAAAGGCCUGUCCGGUGGGCACGGGCCCUUCUCCUGCAGGACAGACGUGAAGGAGGCGGUGUCCUGUCUCUACGAGUCCCAGGAGGAGUCGCUGGUGAAGGAGGCCACGGGGCACGUCCGGGAGGUGUCCCUGCACCUGCAGAGCCCGGUGGACCUGGCGCAGUCCGCCUUCUGCUUCAAGCACUGUGGGGACUUGCGGAGAGUGUCCCUGCGGGUGGAGAAGGGGGUUUUCCUGGAGAACGAGGGUGCCUCGGAACCAGACACGUGGGUGGAGAGUUCAAACAAGAACCUGAGCUUUCUGGAUGUGAAUCAUAGCUUCCUAAGUCACUCCUCUGUGAGGAUUCUUUGUGAUCAGAUAACCCGUGUCACCUGUCACCUCCAGAAGAUGGUGAUUAAAAACGUCUCCCCCACGGACGCCUAUCGGGACUUCUGUCUAGCUCUCAUUGGUAAGAAGACCUUGACGCACCUGACCCUGGAAGGCAGUGUCCACGGUGAUAAGAUGCUGCUGCUGCUGUUGUGUGAGGCCCUGAAGCACAGGAGGUGUAACCUGCAGUAUCUCAGGUUGGGGUCUUGUUCUGACCUCACGCAACAGUGGGAUGAUUUCUUCUCAGCCCUCAAAAUCAACCAGUCCCUGCAAUCUCUGGACCUCACAGCCAGUGAGCUCCAGGAUGAGGGUGUCAAGUUGCUGUGUUUGAGUCUGAGACACCCAAAGUGCUUCCUGCAGAGGUUAUCGUUGGAGAACUGUCACCUUACGGAAGUCUGUUGCAAGGAGCUCUCUUCCGUUUUGAUGGUCAACCGGAGGCUGACACACCUGUGCUUGGCCAAGAAUAACCUUGGGGAUGGCGGGGUGAGACUUCUGUGUGAGGGCUUGAGUUACCCUGAAUGUCAACUACAGACCCUGGUAGUGUGUCAGUGCAACAUAACCAGACGAGGCUGCAAACAUCUCUCAGAUCUUCUUCAAGGAGGCUCCAGCCUGACCCACUUGGACCUGGGUCUCAAUCCCAUCGCGACCGGAUUGCGGUUUCUCUGUGAGGCUUUGAAGAAGCCAGACUGCAACCUCAGAUGCCUGGGACUCUGUGGCUGCUCCAUCUCGCCUUUCUGUUGUGAGGAUCUCGCCUCUGCGCUCACCAGCAACCAGCGGCUGGAGGCCCUGGACCUGGGCCAGAACACGUUGGGGCAGAGGGGAACCACGGCGCUCUUGGAGGCUUUGAAACGCAGUCCCUGCCGGUUAAAGACACUCAGGCUGAAGACGUGCGAAGCCAGUGCGCGAACCCAGAAGCUGCUGGAGGAAUUGAGAGACAGCAACCCCACGCUGACAAUAGAUUGGAAGGCCGGGGGAGCCAGCAGACCCCCCUAUUGUGACUUCCUUUUCUGA